CCAGGCCAGAGGAAGGAGAAAGGGGGACAGGUAGCAGCCCUGCAGGACCCAGUGAUGAUGAGCUGUCAGGCUCCCGGGAAGUGAGCAGGCCUGGGGAACACAGCAUGGCACAGGCGGCUGCGGCUCCCCACCCCAGGGCUACUCCAGGCCAGCCCUGCGUGUUCAAGCUGGUCCUCCUGGGAAGUAGCUCUGUGGGCAAGUCCAGCUUGGCUCUCCGGUACGUGAAGAAUGACUUCAAGAGUACUCUGCCUACAGUGGGAUGCGCAUUCUUCACAAAGGUGGUGGAAUUUGGUGCUGCGUCUCUGAAGUUUGAGAUCUGGGACACGGCCGGCCAGGAGAAGUACCACAGCGUCUGCCACCUCUACUUCAGGGGCGCCAACGCUGCACUUUUGGUGUAUGACAUCACCAGCAAGGACUCCUUCUGCAUGGCUCAGCAGUGGCUGAAGGACCUGGAGAAGGAGUUCCAGCCUGGAGAGGUCGUGGUGAUGCUGGUUGGAAACAAGACGGACCUCGGCGAGGAGCGGGAGGUGAUGUUCGAGGAAGGGAAGGAGUUUGCAGAGAGCAAGGGGCUGCUGUUCAUGGAAACCUCGGCCAGACUGAACCACCAGGUGACCGAGGUCUUCAGCGCAGUGGCCCGAGAGCUGCUGCAGAGAGAAGAGAGGAAGAAGGACCAGACGCAGCAGAGAGAUGCUCGGCUGGCUCUGAAUGAGAGGCCUGCGGGGCAGGCCAAGUGCUGUGCCCACUAGAAGCAGCCACUGCAGGAGGGCCGUGGGGAGGAUGCCCCCCACGUCCGGCCCCAGCUGGUCCUCAGCGUGAGCCGCUGCCAGCUCCAUGUGGACGGUGGCACUAAUUUUGAUUCACCAUUGAUGCGGACUAGUUCCUGAGUCCUUGAGGUGCGCGGAAGCUGGCGUCCCUGAGAAUAACCACUUCCCGAAGCUGACAGGAGUCACUCAGGAGAGGAUCUGGUGUCACAUGGCUCCCAGGGGAUGUCAGCCCCACCUCCCCAGACACUGA